UGACGUCGCGAGUAGUGACGUAAUUGCAGAGCCAGGCGAAAAGAUGGCUACAGCGGUUUGGCUGCAUGGUUCGAGUAAUAUGCGGCUGACCGAGGGUUUAGUGUCCGCUCUGAAGGAGGAACGGCCCGAGUACUUGCCAUCACUUUUGGCGAACUACCGGGAGCAUGGCGGGAUCUCCACACAGAGUUCUGGAGCAGCUGGGGGUCUCAUCGGACUCAGCAAUGCUCGACUCAGCUCCAGCAAAACCAGGUUUGAGGGCCUGUGUCUGCUGUCCAUGUUGGUGAAGGACAGCUCCAGUGAGGUUUUCCAGCAGCACUGCCUGUCUUGGCUGCGCUCAUUGCAGCAGGUCAUACAGUCCCAGGCACCUCUCCCUUCUGUCCAGUUGGCUGUCAGUGUGCUCCAAGACUUGUUGCAGUACUCUUCCCAGCUACCUGAGCUUGCCAGGGAGGUCGGUCUCAACUCCAUCCUGGGGAUCCUCACCUCCCUGCUAGGCCUCAAGUCGGAGUGUCACCUAGCAGCAAUGGAGGGGAUGACAGCCUGCAUGACAUUCUAUCCCCGAGCCUGUGGAUCUUUGAGGGACAAACUAGGUGCCUAUUUCCUUUCCAAAAUGGAAUCUGACAACCCUAAAGUGCAGGAGGUGGCCAGCGAGUGUUACGGCCGUUUGCCCUGCCUGGGCGGGGUGCUGGAGAGGGGAGGGGGUGGUCGAAGGGCUGAAGGGUGGGCUAACCAGCUUCACUGCCUGCUGGCAUCUGCUCACAACAUACUGAGCCAGCUGUACCAGGGAGCCGAGUGUGAGAGGACAGUGCAGUACGAGGGCCCAGGCAUUGAGCUGCCCUUUCCCCCGCUGGAUGAAGCUGAUCCCCUGCUAGUGGUCCAGCUCCGACAUAGAUACCGGGCUGUGUGCCUGGCUCUCAAAUACACACUAAGUGUGGAUCCAGUGUCCCCAGUGCGCCUUCCUGUUCAGAAUGUUUUGAAUCUGGUGUGUCGAGCCCUGGCUGUCAGCUGCAAGAGCAUUAAUUUAUCUGGUGAUGGGUGUCUGAAGUUGCUGGUUUUGCCCUCAGUACACAGCGACACCCUGGAGCUCCUGUCUGCUGUCAUCACUACUGUUGGCAGUGGGCUGGUGCCGUAUUGCAGUGUGCUGACUCGGCUCUUCUCCCAGACCCUCUCUGCCUGGAGCCCCCUGCCUGAGGCCAGCCUCGGACAGCAGAGGGCCUACAGUGCUGUGCGGGUGUCACUAUACCAGACACUGGAGCUAUGGGUACGAGUGGCUGGGGCCUCCUCCGGCGUGCUUCAGGGAAGCCCCACUCAUACAGAACUCUUAAUGGCACAUCUACUGGGCGACAUCACACCAGGGGCCGACGCUGUCAAGCUGCGUGUGGGACAGGCGGCCCUUUCUGAGCUCAUGGGACAUGCUGGGAAGACAGGGCCGCGUCGCGGCAAAGGCUUGGGAAUGGGUGACGGGAGCACAGUCUCACUGCAGAGGAAGGGUGAUGCAUUAGCCAAUCAGGACACCUGUCUGUCUGCACUGAGAGCUUUGAGACAGAUCAUCCUGACCAGUGGUACUCUGUUGAAGGAGGACAUUCACAAGAGGCUCCAGGACCUUGUGCUGCCCCUGUGUGUGCGACUGCAACAACAGCUGCAGUGUGGGGGUGAGGUGGGAGGGGUGAGCGGUCAGUAUGGUAACGCCCCCCCUCGGCGGGAACUGUAUCGUCUUCUGCUGGCCAUGGUUCUGGCUCCACCUCCACGUUGGCCACCCCCCCUGACCUGUGCAGUGUCCAUAUUCAGCCACGGCCGGAAGGACCGAAACCUGUCGGUAUCCUCAUUCUGUGCCGAAGCCCUGACUGUGUGCAACUCCCUCCUCCAUCCUCGUACUCCCUCCCUUGCUCCCCCCCUCCCGCCUCUUACACUCAAACACACAGCUACAGCCCCUACGCUCACGCCUUCCCAAAACCCAUCGCUUUCCCUCCCGUCCCUCCUGGGAGGCCCCGCGCAAGGGGCACCCUUUCCAGCUCGGCACCCCCUCAGUCUGGGUCCAACUGGACUUCUGGGUCCCCUGGAAAACCAUCUUCCCUUGCCACCAUCUGUUCUGCCUCCCCAGGCUGGCUCUGCCCCCACGCCGGGUGACCUGCUGCUGUCCACUCCCCAGCCAGGCGAGCUAGCGGCUCUGGGGGCCCCUGAGGGCCACAGGCCUGUGUUCGUGCGCUAUGAUAAAGAGGAGGCCGAAGAUGUGGAGAUCUCUCUGGAGAGCGACUCCGAUGAUAGUGUGGUCAUCGUCCCUCAGGGGAUGCUGAUGGUUGAAUCGCACGACGCUGCCAGCACGCAGCCUCUGCCACCACCGGGGGGAGCUGUGGCAACUGUGGGUACAGGAGCGGCGGGUGACACCGGAGUUGUGAGCAGCCCACUCCCUAAUGAGUUGCCCGCCUCCAUGCCUCACCAGAUUCUGCCCGCUAACUCAAAUGCUAUUAACACCUUCCCUGGUCAGAGCCAGGCUCAGCUUGUGUCUGUUGUGCCACAGCUCAACUCCACAGCAUCUCAACUGGCACCUCCUCCUGUAGGCCUGGGGGAUUCGCUCCCCAGCGCACAGCUGCAGCAGAUGCUAAUGCAGCCAUCACCAGCUGGGCAGCCGUCGCAGUUAGGGCUGCCCAUGCAGAUGCAGCUGCAGAAUCAAAUGGCGCAGUCCAGCAGACAACUACAGCAACAGCAGCAGCAGCAGCAACAACAACAGAUGCCAAGCGAGGAAGACCUCACAGUCAUCAAUAUCAACAGUUCAGAUGAAGAGGAAGAGGAGGAUGAGGAAAUGGAGGACGAGGAUGACCUUGGCGAGGAGGAUGAGGAAGAAGAGGAAGGAUUGGAGGAUGAGGAAGAGGAGGAGGAGGGGAGUGAUUUCCAAGAGGAGGAUGAGUACUACGGUGAGGAGUUUGACGACUAUGAGGAUGAGGAAGAGGGGAUGAUCGAGGCAGAGGAAAUGGAGGAGGAGCCUGAAGGGCUGCCCCCAUUAGAGGGAGAGAGCCGACGGGCCUUGAUGAACAGAGAGGAAGGAGGAGUACUGAUGAGCUCAGCCGAUGAAAGGGGGAUGGGGAUCUUCCGCCUGGAGAGAGAGGGAGAAGGAGAUGCAGAGUUAGAGGGGGUAGGCCGUGGACUGGAAGGGGACCAUGGUGUCUACAGGCAGCCCCUAGACUCAACAGAGGGGGAUGGGCACGAGGGAUUAAAGGAGGAAGGGGAGAGAGAGGUCAGGGUCACUGAGGAGGGGAAGGACAAAAUCGAAGAAGGAGAGCACAAAGAUGUAGCUGUUCAUGAAAGCAAGGGAGAUUCACAGCCCCAAGGACCUGCUGAGGAGGUCAUAGAAGAAGCCAGUGAAUUUGAAAAAGAGACAGGAGUCGAGCUUGGAAGAUUGGACCAGACAUCACAGGAGCAAGGGCCCACACAAGAAGGUGAUGGUGCUACCGUGGAUGAGACGGCCGUCUCUCACCAAGAGGGUGAAGUGGAGUCAUUGCAGGAAGUCAGGAUGGCUGAGGAGAAGGAAGGGGUGGAGCUGACAUCAGAGCAGCCCAGACUUGAAGAAGAAGAGAAAGCCAAGCAAGAUGAGGAUGUCCCAGUGGAGGAAGUGAGGUCUCCAAGGCAGGGUGAAGAGGGCAGAGCCUCUGUAGCGAAAGAUGACGUGGAAGAGGAGGGUGAAGACGAUCUCAGGGGGAUGAAGAGAAAGCGGGAAGAACAUGAGGUAGAAGGGGCGGAGCAGAGCGUUGAGAAGAAAAAGCUGGAUGAGGAAGCUAUGGCUUCCAUGUUGGCUGAUUUUGUGGAUUGCCCACCUGAUGAGGAUGACAACGCCCAUUCCACGACACACUCCUAAGAUGGGCAGAGCCUUACAGGGUUGGAUCAGACUGGACAUGGCCAGACACAUGCCCUGAACCCAAUGUCAGUUUAUGGACUGCAACCCUAUUCCUCGAGGGCCACAGUUUCAAGUCUUGUUGUAAAAUGGUCAGUUACAAAAUACAUUGUCUUCUGGCACCGUUUCACUCAUUUGGUUUGGUUUUACAGUUUUAUAUUGGGUUUGUAUGAUGGACACUAUGCUGAUACAGCUCAUUGUCUCCACAUUGAUAGGACUGGACUAGACCGCUGUAUGUUUUUAUGGGAGUUGUUGGACUGAAUGCACUUUCCACCUGGGUUAAUCAGUUUUCAAUUACAUGAGUUUGUAGAUAUAGAAUGCUUGGUGGAUAGUUCAUUCAGCAAUCAAUUAAAAAAAAAAAAAUUAAAAAAAAGAGAUAUCUCCAGGCUUAAUGCAUAACAGUAUUUGUGCGGCAUUUGUGUGGACCAAAGUAAAUCUUCUGUGCAAACGUCGCUGUAACCUGGACAUUAAUUUAUCUGGUUGAGGUAAUUUGAGUCAGACUGGUAAUUUGACAUUUCAUCACCCCUCACAAUAAAGCAAGGACAGAAUUGCUUGAAUAGCAGCUAUGCUCAAUAUGGUUCUCUGAUACUACUAGGAUGGCAGGUUUUAGUGUAUAGCCACUCACUACAAACUUUCUCUGACUUAAGAAUAAUGGAUCUGCAUCAUAAAAGCUUGGACGAUAAUGAAUAGACUGGGAUUUUCUUGCCAUUAAUUCCCUAUUGUACGGCUACCUUGUAACGUAUCAUAUGAACAAGGUCUUGCUGGACUACAAUUGGUUCAGUAAUGUAUGGCGUAGGUUAGGAUAAAAAAGAACUACCAAGUUUCAGGCUAUCUUUAUUCACAGUGGGUUAAUACGGUUAGUGUAGUAUUGGCUACUAUCAUGUUUAUUUUUUGCCUCGUUUUUUUUAUGUCGGUUUGUUCUGUUUUUUUUUUUGUUCACCCUUUUAUAUAAAAAAAUAAAUGAAAAAAUGUGCAUAUAGAUGUGUAUAGCAGUACAGUUUUGUUAAGCAAUGCCUUGUUACAGACUUGCCAUACCCACCAAAAUGAAUUCAGUCAUUAAAUCAUCAAGGAACAAC